CCGCCACUUCCCAUCCUUUUCUGUUAAUAGAAUUCGGCAGCCCACUCUUCACUUCUGCUCUCAAAAACGAAGGAAAACCACAUUGAAGGGAGGUAAGAAAGAGAGGGAGACUGAAGGAAAGAGCUAGAGAAGAUGUUGACAUCGAUCAUUGGAAUAGGAAACAUGAGGAAACUGAGCCUUCUUGUAUUAAUUCUUUGCAUUUUGAUCUCUGUCAAUAACCAAAAUGCAGAGAUCAAGAAGACCUCGUCAUCAUCAAAAACUGCAGUGAAAUGGCCAUAUUCAUCUUGGGAUUCCUUUCCUUCCGUAUUCUUGUCUCCUUUGACAUCUAUGGAAGACGAUGAUGAAGAAGUAUCAUGGCAUUCAAAUCGGUCUCUUGAGUAUGAUUUCUAUCGUGAUUCGUGCCCACAGGCAGAAAGAAUCAUUCGCAGGGUGGUUCAUGAGCUAUACGAAGUCAACUCCAGUGUAGCUCCUGCUCUUUUAAGGCUCGUGUUUCAUGAUUGUUUUAUUGAGGAGUGUGAUGCAUCUAUUUUGUUGGAUGCUGCUACAGGCAUUGAUUCCGAGAAAGACUCUCCUCCCAAUAAAAACUUGAAGGGAUUUGAUAUAAUUGACAAAAUCAAAUCAGAGAUUGAAAUGGUGUGCCCAGGAGUUGUUUCUUGUGCUGAUAUCGUUGCUUUAUCAGCCAGAGAUGGUGUUGUUCAGGCUGGUGGUCCAUUCUAUCCACUGUAAAUUGGCAGGAGGGAUGCUAUCCAUUCUUUCCGAGAUGUGGCAACGUCUGAGCUUCCUUCACCCAAUGCUGAUCUAUCUGAAACCCUAGCAUCUUUCGCAUCUAGGGGUUUUGAUGAAAGAGAAACUGUCAGUCUCCUGGGUGGUCACAGCAUAGGAGUAAUCCACUGCAAAUUCUUCCAAAACCGUCUCUACAACUUCGGUAGGACUAAAAAGCCCGAUCCUUCUCUGGAUACAGGGUUUCUUAACCUACUGAGAUCUAGAUGCAAUGACAGUAACUCAUCGAUGGCAGCAUCGCCUUCGCCUUCCUUUAAAGCCACACCACCAGCACCGUCGACUUCCUGUGAUGGCACCAACUCACCAGCACCGUCGACUUCCUGUGAUGGCACCAAGUCACCAGCACCAGCACCGUCGACUUCCUUUGAUGCCACCAAGUCACCAGCACCAGCACCGUCGACUUCCUUUGAUGCCACCAAGUCACCAGCACCAGCACCGUCGACUUCCUUUGAUGGCACCAUGUCACCAUCAACAGCACCUUCGCUUUCUUGUAGUGGAUCACCAUCUUCAUCGUCCAGGGCAGCAGAAAUGAGGGGCUCCCCAUCAUUAUUGUCAGCACCAUCACCUUCCUUGAAAGGUUCAAUUUCUUCCCCACCGUCAUCAUCAACACCUCCAUCAGCUUCCUUCGAAGAUUCACUGCUUUCCUCACUGGAGGAGCCAGGAAUGAAUAUGGCCUAUGAGGGCCCAGGAGUAGAUUUUGGCACGUUGUACUACCGCAGUCUUUUGCAAGGUAAAGGAAUCCUUUAUUCCGAUCAGCAGCUAAUGGCUGGGAUAGAUACCGGUAUUUGGGUACGAGCAUAUGCUUCAGACAUCUCCUUGUUCCCACGAGACUUUGCCCUAGCAAUGAUGAAGCUCUCGAAUCUCAGAGUCUUGACAGGAUCAAAAGGCCGGCUCCAUUGUUCAAAGGUGGCAUGAGAGAAUAGUAAGAUGUGAAGGAGACUGUACAGGUUGUCCUACUUUAUGCUGUUUUUUCUUUGGCUUUGGCGCUCUUUUGAAUUCGGCCUCUGAAGUAGCUUCAAAUGUUCAAAAAACCUGGAUAGAUUUGUGCUGUUACCUUUUAAAUUCAGUACCCAAAUUAUGAGCAACCUGCUGUUCUUUACUUGUUGAACAAAGGCUGCAAAUGGAAGUGAUUCUUUUCUAGAUAA